AUGGCUAUUAGAAAGGUACAAGUUUCAUUAACAACUACAUCCCCUACGGUCGCGGCUCCUGUCUACCAUCGCAAUCUACAGUCUUCGAUAAGCGCCAAUGCUGGUAUCAUUUCGUCCGCAUCGACAGUGUCGUCGGUUCUCUCGCGAGUCGUUGAUUCCUCCGUUGUUGCAGAUAAUCAACGGAAUAAUGUGAUUAUUGCUGGAGGACGAACCGCGUGUCCGACGGGUGGCGGAACAUGUGGACUGGCAACUGGUGUGGGUUGCGGGGGAAGUGGAGUUGGCCUAGCAGCUCCUUGUUGUACUAACAACUGUGGAACGUCGAAUUGUGUACUGGCGCCAGUGGGAUUAGUAGUUCCUGCAGCUCCAAUAGCAACAGCUAGCGGUGUAGCCCCGAACAACUUGCUCUUUUGUACCGCCUGCAAUUCAAGAUGUUUUAUCAUUCAAAAGGUAGCUCCAACAGUGCCGGUGAUAAAGAUGGAUCAUGCAGCAGAGGUGACCACAACUGCAGCAACCUUUGCACCAAUUUGUUUCACCAAAAACGAUGCUAAUUAUACAAGUGAAAGCUUCCAUACACCUGAAAUAUGCUGGGAACAGUUUACGUUGCCACCUGCUGCAAGUGCGUAUCCUGACUGUAAGUACAAUAGAUACUUUAGACUAGAAAAGAUACUUUAG